AGUGUAAGGAGUGGGGUGGAGCGUGUGUGGAGUGGGGGCCGCGGCCCGGGUCAGAGCCGCCGCGGACUAAGAGUAAGUGUCCUGAGAGUUACAUUACUGGAGUAAGUUAAAUGGAGAAGGACUCCUACAUCAGCAUUGCUGUUCUGCUCCAAAGAACCUUGGGAAUAUUCAUCUGUCUGCUGUAUUCUCUUUUAGGUGUCCCUGUCAGUUGAGGAUUCUGGAGAAAUCCUGCCUCCGUUGGAGCCUGCACUGCCAGGCAGCAGAAUUGUGGGCUAGAGUGAAGCAGAAAUCUAGAAAUAUGAGCUCCAUGAUGGCCAUGGGUGAACCCAGGCUGAACUGGGAUGUUUCCCCAAAAAAUGGCCUUAAGACAUUUUUCUCUCAAGAAAAUUAUAAAGAUCAUUCCAUGGCUCCAAGUUUAAAAGAACUCUGUGUUUUAUCUAACAGACGUAUAGGAGAAAAUUUGAAUGCCUCAGCAAGUUCUGUAGAAAAUGAGCCGGCAGUUAGUUCAGCAACUCAAGCAAAGGAAAAAGUUAAAACCACAGUUGGAAUGGUUCUUCUUCCAAAACCAAGAGUUCCUUAUCCUCGUUUCUCUCGUUUCUCACAGAGAGAGCAGAGGAGUUAUGUGGACUUGUUGGUUAAAUACGCAAAAAUUCCUGCAAAUUCCAAAGCUGUUGGAAUAAAUAAAAAUGACUACUUGCAGUAUUUGGAUAUGAAAAAACAUGUGAAUGAAGAAGUUACUGAAUUCCUAAAGUUUUUGCAGAAUUCUGCAAAGAAAUGUGCACAGGAUUAUAAUAUGCUUUCUGAUGAUGCUCGUCUCUUCACAGAGAAAAUUUUAAAAGCUUGCAUUGAACAAGUGAAAAAGUAUCCAGAGUUCUAUACUCUCCAUGAAGUCACCAGCUUAAUGGGAUUCUUCCCAUUCAGAAUAGAGAUGGGAUUAAAGUUAGAAAAAACUCUUCUCGCAUUGGGCAGUGUAAAAUACGUGAAAACAGUAUUUCCCUCAAUGCCUGCAAAGUUACAGCUCUCAAAAGAUAACAUAUCUACCACUGAAACACCAGAAAAAACAGCUGCAGCUAUGCAUUACGAUAUUAGUAAAGAUCCAAAUGCAGAGAAGCUUGUUUCAAGAUAUCACCCUCAGAUAGCUCUAACUAGUCAAUCAUUAUUUACCUUAUUAAAUAAUCAUGGACCAAACUACAGGGAACAGUGGGAAAUUCCAGUGUGUAUUCAAGUAAUACCUGUUGCAGGUUCAAAACCUGUUAAAGUAAUUUAUAUUAAUUCACCACUUCCUCAAAAGAAAAUGACAAUGAGAGAGAGAAAUCAAAUCUACCAUGAAGUUCCAUUAAAAUUCAUGAUGUCCAAAAACACAUCUGUUCCAGUUUCUGCAGUAUUUAUGGACAAACCAGAAGAUUAUAUGUCUGAAAUGGAAAUGUCUUAUGAAGUUAAUGAGUGCCGAAAAAUUGAGACCCUUGAAAAUUUGGACCUGGAUUUUGAUGGUGACGUCACAGAACUUGAAACUUUUGGAGUAAACACCACCAAACCAUCAAAGUCACCAAGUCCAGCAAGCACUUACACAGUACCCAACACAACAGAUACCCCCACAGCUCCCAGCACAGCAACCACAUCUGUGGCACCAACUGCUCCAGACAUUUCUGCUCAUUCUAGAAGUUUAUCUCAGAUUCUGAUGGAACAAUUGCAAAAGGAGAAACAGCUCAUGACUGGUAUGGAUGGUGGCCCUGAAGAGUGCAAAAAUAAUGAUGAUCAGGGAUAUGUACCAUGUGGUGAAAAGGCAUCAAAUCCUGAGAAGUCUUUGGUGCAAGAUAGUGACUUGAAAAUGUCUGAUUCCUUACAGUUAGAAAGUUCUACAGAAAUUGAAACCUCUAAUAAAAAUGAUAUAGCUACUGAUACAGUAUAUGCCCCUGAAAAACUAAAUAUUCUAGAGAACACAGACAAUUCAAAGGAAAAGACUGUUACAUCAGAAGCAGUGAGAAGUGAAGAUGUAAUUCUUUGCAAUAGUGAUACAGAUGAAGACUGUUUAAUCAUUGACACAGAGUGUCAAAAUAAUAGUAAUGGAAAGACAGCCGAUGUGAAUACUAAUUUAAAUUCUAAACCAGCUAGCCCCAAUUCUUCUUCCACACAGGCUUCUGUAGGAAACCAGACUAAUGCUACUUGUAGUCCUGAAGAGUCAUGUGUUUUAAAAAAACCUAUCAAACGAGUAUAUAAAAAAUUUGAUCCAGUUGGAGAAAUUUUAAAAAUGCAGGAUGAACUCCUAAAGCCAAUUUCCAGAAAAAUACCUGAAUUGCCCUUAAUGAAUUUGGAAAAUUCUAAACAAACUCCACCUUCUGAACAAUCCUCUGCUCCUUCAGAUGCCUCUAGUUGGCCAAAAUCUGUUUGGCCUUCUGCGUUUCAGAAGCCAAAAGGACGAUUGCCAUAUGAACUUCAGGACUAUGUUGAAGAUACAACAGAAUAUGUAGCUCCGCAGGAAGGAAAUUUUGUUUACAAGUUAUUUAGCCUGCAAGACCUGUUGUUACUUGUGCGAUGCAGUGUCCAGAGGAUAGAGACCAGACCACGUUCUAAAAAACGGAAGAAAAUCAGAAGACAAUUUCCGGUUUAUGUACUACCCAAAGUGGAAUAUCAAGCUUGUUAUGGAGUUGAAGCUCUAACUGAAAGUGAACUGUGUCGCUUAUGGACUGAAAGUUUGUUGCAUUCCAACUGCUCGUUUUAUGUUGGACAUAUUGAUGCAUUUACUUCAAAGCUUUUUCUGCUAGAAGAAAUUACCUCAGAAGAAUUAAAAGAAAAACUCUCAGCACUCAAGAUUUCAAGUUUAUUUAACAUCCUCCAACACAUUCUAAAGAAAUUGAGUAGCUUGCAGGAGGGUUCCUACUUGUUGUCUCAUGCAGCAGAAGAUUCUUCACUCCUGAUCUACAAGACAUCUGAUGGAAAAGUUACUAGGACAGCCUACAAUUUACAUAAAACACAUUGCAGCCUUCCUGGUGUACCUUCCAGUCUCUCAGUUCCCUGGGUCCCUUUAGAUCCCAGUCUGUUACUACCAUAUCAUAUCCAUCAUGGAAGAAUACCUUGUACUUUUCCACCUAAAUCACUAGGUCCCACACCACAACAAAAGGUUGGUGGAACAAGAAUGCCUACACGCAGCCGCAGGAAUCCAGUUUCCAUGGAAACCAAAAGUCUGCCUGCUCAGCAAGUUGAAAAUGAAGGAGAAGCUCCAAAUAAAAGAAAAAUAACUUAAGGACUCUGCCAUGGAAAAUGAAGAAAAACUGGUUUUAACAAUGUUCAAUUUAGAAAAGUUGGAGGGGGAAAUAUACCCAGAAUAUCACUGGACAAGAUGAACAUUUUUCUUUCAGUGUCCUUGAGAGUUCUUAGAGUGCCUUGAAAAAAUAUGUUGGCUAUGUAAAGGAAUGUUUCAGCUAAAAUGGAAUGUUAUACUUUUACCACUUGACGUUUGAAGAGAAUCUAGAUAUGUUUUAACAUUAUCAUGGCAGGGAAACAUAUAGAGGAGAAAAAUAUUUUUAUAGUAGACCUUUUCCAAAAACUGUAAAUAGGAAAAUCAUUUGCUUUUUUUCAAGAGCAAUAUUUAUCAUUGUGUGUUAUGUUAACAAUUUGAAUUAUAUCACCAAUCUGUUGAGAUUGGCUCAAAAAGCUGAAUCUUGGCACUGUCAGAAAUAAUUUUGAGCAACAUAAACCUUGCUUCUGAUGCAUUGUGACAGUUUUUAUAUACUAUUUUAAAAUGAUUGUUGCAAGUUAAUAAAGUUAAUAUCUUUAAAAACUUGAUGCAAUUUUAUUGCAGAAGCCAAAAAUUAAAAAUAAAUAACUCCAUGCCUCUGAAAAGUCACAAGUUAACAGUUUUCUUGUUGGUCAACCAUCAGUUUUUUUAAAAAAAAAACCUUCAAAAAAUAAAAAAUAAAUAAA